AUGGAGGCCCCCAAUGGAACUGUUGCGCCCACGCAAACCGGCGAUCGACCGGAUCCGGGUGGCUACAAGCUGAAGUUUUGCACUGUGUGCGCCAGCAACCAGAACCGGUCAAUGGAAGCUCACCUACAGCUAUCCAAGGCCCAUUAUCCCGUUAUCUCCUUUGGCACUGGAUCGUUGGUCCGACUUCCGGGGCCCACCAUCCAGCAGCCCAACGUUUACCAAUUCAACAAGACGUCGUAUGAUAGCAUGUUUAAAGAGUUGAGCGAAAAGGAUGAAGAUCUCUACACCCGCAACGGCCUGCUCAACAUGCUGAACAGGAACCGAGGCGUAAAAUGGGGCCCUGAAAGAUGGCAGGACUGGCAAGUCGGCAUCCCGCGUCUUGAGCAUGCCUCUGACCGGGGAAGCGUUGGUACAGAGGGAGGCGUGGCCGACGUGGUCUUCACCUGUGAGGAGCGCUGCUGGGAUGCCGUCAUUGAUGACUUGCACAAUCGGGGUGCUCCUUUGAACAGACCAGUCCAUGUGAUCAACGUAGACAUCAGGGAUAACCAUGAGGAAGCCUCUAUCGGAGGCAGAGGUAUCCUGGACCUUGCAGAUUCCCUCAACAACGCAGCUAAGGAGGAACGAGACGCCGUCGGCUCAGCCACGUUCGAUAUGGCCACUGCAGCAAGCCGGGCAACUUUUGAUGAGAGGGUUCCCGAGAUCUUGGGCGAGUGGCAGGAGAGGUGGCCUAACCUCCCAGCCACUUGGACCUUGGCUUGGUUCUAG